GUCCUCUAAAAAGGACUACUCGCUGGAAUAUUUCUGAAGUAUCCUGCGCAAUUAUCAGUCUCAGGUACUGAGUUCUUCAUAGCUCAGCGGACCCAGCCUUGCCAGAGGCUGCACCAAACAAGAACAAUGGAGGCCAGGAGGAAGCUCAUUCGCAGACAAAGGCAAGUCCUCUUCUUCUUUCUCUUCAUGGGCUUAUCUCAGGCGGGCGCUGAAUUUAGGCGCUAUUCUGUAGUGGAGGAAACUGAGGGAAGCUCUUUUGUAACCAAUUUAUCGAAAGACCUGGGUCUGGGGCAGAAGGAACUCUCCAGGCGGGGGGCUAGGGUCAUUUCCAAAGGGAACAAACUGCAUUUGCAGCUGGAUCAGGCGACUGGGGAUUUGUUGCUAAAUGAGAAACUGGACCGCGAGGAACUGUGCGGUCACACAGAACCCUGUGUGUUGCGUUUCCAGGUGUUGCUAGCAAAUCCCUUAGAGUUUUUUCAAGCUGAGCUACAAGUAAUAGACAUAAAUGACCAUGCUCCGGUAUUCGUGGAAAGCGAUAUGGCGCUAAAAAUAUCAGAGAGCAGCCCUCCUGGGACCGCAUUUCCCCUGAAGAAUGCUCAGGACUUAGAUGUAGGCCAAAAUAAUAUUAAGAACUAUAUACUCAGUCCAAACUCUUAUUUUCGAGUCCUCACCCUUGAACGCAGCGAUGGCAAGAAAUAUCCCCAGCUGGUGCUGGACAAAGCCCUGGAUCGUGAGGAGGAACCUGAGCUCAAGUUAACCCUCACAGCGCUGGAUGGUGGCUCACCACCCCAGUCUGGCACCGCUCAGGUCUACAUUGAAGUCGUGGACAUCAACGACAAUGCCCCUGAAUUUGAGCAGCCCUUCUAUAGGGUACAGAUCCCUGAGGACAGUCCCAUAGGCUUCCUGGUUGUCAAGGUCUCUGCUACGGAUGUAGACAUAGGAGUCAAUGGGGAGAUUUCCUAUUCACUUUUCCAGGCUUCAGAAGAGAUUAGCAAAACCUUUGAGCUCAGCCCCCUGACAGGAGACAUUAGACUGAAAAAACAACUUGAUUUCGAAGCAGUUCAGUCCUAUGAGAUCAAUAUUGAGGCCAAAGAUGCUGGAAGCUUGUCUGGAAAAUGCACUGUUCUGACUCAAGUUGUGGAUGUGAACGACAAUGCCCCAGAAGUGACCAUGUCCGCACUUACCAGACAGAUCCCUGAGAAUUCGCCUCAGACUGUGGUUGCAGUUUUCAGUGUUUCAGAUCUUGAUUCGAAAGAAAACGGAAAAGUAAAUUGUUCUAUUCAGGACGAUCUACCUUUUUUCCUAAAAUCUUCCUUGGAAAACUUCUACACCCUGGUGACAGAGACACCGCUGGACAGAGAGACCACAGCGGAGUACAACAUCACCAUCACCGUCACCGACAUGGGGACCCCCAGGCUGAAAACCCAGCACAACAUCACCGUGCAGGUGUCCGACGUCAACGACAACGCCCCCGCCUUCACCCAGACCGCCUACACCCUCUUCGUCCGCGAGAACAACAGCCCCGCCCUGCACAUAGGCAGCGUCAGCGCCUCGGACAGAGACGCGGGCGCCAACGCCCAGGUCGCCUACUCGCUGCUGCCGCCCCGCGACCCCAGCCUGCCCCUGGCCUCGCUCGUGUCCAUCAACGCGGACAACGGGCAGCUGUUCGCCCUGAGGGCGCUGGACUACGAGGCCCUGCAGGCGUUCGAGUUCGGCGUGGGCGCCACGGACCGCGGGUCGCCGGCGCUGAGCAGCCAGGCGCUGGUGCGCGUGCAGGUGCUGGACGCCAACGACAACGCGCCCUUCGUGCUGUACCCGCUGCAGAACGGCUCCGCGCCCUGCACCGAGCUGGUGCCCCGCGCGGCCGAGCCGGGCUACGUGGUGAGCAAGGUGGUGGCGGUGGACGGCGACUCGGGCCAGAACGCCUGGCUGUCGUACCAGCUGCUCAAGGCCACGGAGCCCGGGCUGUUCGGCGUGUGGGCGCACAACGGCGAGGUGCGCACGGCGCGGCCGCUGGGCGAGCGCGACGCGGCCCGGCACCGGCUGCUCGUGCUGGUCAAGGACAACGGCGAGCCGCCGCUGUCGGCCAGCGUCACGCUGCACGUGCUGCUGGUGGACGGCUUCUCGCAGCCCUUCCUGCCGCUGCCCGAGGCGGCGGCCGACGCGGCGCGGGCCGACCCGCUCACCGUCUACCUGGUCGUGGCGCUGGCGUCGGUGUCGUCGCUCUUCCUGUUCUCGGUGCUGGCGUUCGUGGCGGUGCGGCUGUGCAGGAGGCGCAGGGCCGGCUUGGCGGGUGGCUGCUCGGUCCCCGAGGCCCGCUUCCCGGGCCACCUGGUGGACGUCAGCGGCACGGGGACCCUGUCCCAGAGCUACCAGUAUGAGGUGUGUCUAAUGGGAGGCUCGGGGACCAGCGAGUUUAAGUUUCUGAAGCCUAUUUUACCCAUUUCCCAGGGCCAUUACCCUGGGCCAGAAGUAGAAGAAACCCCCAAUUUUAGGAAUGACUUUUAG